AAACAGUGAAAUUUCCGCGAAAUUGUCAAAAUUGAGGAAUAUUUGUGUUUAUUUACUGCAUUUGACAGUUGAUUUUUUGCUGACUCUCUCACAUCUCUCUCCUCCUCUUUGUUUCUCGAUCAGCUGAAGUAGUAAAAUAUCGCUCUGUGAUUUCAAAAUCAAGGUAUUGCGUAGUCAGUGAAAUGUGCCUCAAUUCGCUCUGCUGAAGUGUUCAACUACAAUUCCUGCGUUUAACAGUUUCUUCGUCGGCGCGAUGCAAUCAGAAUAUGAUAUUAUUCAUCUGGCUCGAGAAGCUCAAAGUCGGUGGUUAAAGCCUGCCGAAGUUUAUUGCAUAUUGAGGAAUUAUGAGGAGCACCAGCUCACCCACCAAGUUCCUCAAAAACCAACUAGUGGAUCUCUGUAUCUGUUCAACAAACGAGUGCUAAAGUUUUUCCGGAAAGAUGGUCAUAGUUGGCGUAAAAGGAAGGAUCAGAAAACCAUUGCUGAAGCACACGAACGGCUUAAGGUUGGAAAUGCUGAAGCCCUGAACUGUUAUUAUGCUCAUGGAGAGGGGAACCCUAACUUUCAAAGACGAAGCUACUGGAUGUUAGAACCGGCGUACGAGCACAUUGUUCUUGUGCACUACAGAGAUAUUCGUGUGGGAAAUGAGCAGUCUGGAUCAACAUCUCAGCUUCUAUCAUCAUCUCCUUCCACCUUCAGUCCUAGUCCUACAUCUUUUGCAUCGGAGUUGCCAGACUCAUCCUUUGUCGUAGGUGAAUCUUAUGAGUCGUAUCAUAAUGAAUCAAGUCCCAGCUCGGUGGAGAUAAGUUCUACUCAAAUUGUAAGCAAUCAUAUAAUGAAUCAGUCAAAAGUAAGAGCAAAUGAAGUAUACAGUUCUCCAGGGCGGGAUAUGGAUCAAGCAUUAGAAAGAAUUAAGCACCAACUGAGUUUAAAUGAUGAUGAGGUGACAGAAUGUUAUAAGUACAACUUUGAGGCUGAGGAUUCAAAUGACCUAGAUGUGCUGCGGGAAUAUGAAUUUUCUGGUCUGACGCCAAAUAGUUCAGGCGACAUUCUUCAAGGUGAAGGAGUUCAACAACACCAAAAACCACCAGGAACUGAAGUUGACAUUUGGAAAGAGAUGAUGCUGGAUGGCUCCAAGGAUUUUCCAUGUGCAGAAUCACCACAACAGUUUGGAGGGCACGCAACUUCUUCUUUAAUCCUCGAAGAAGUAGAUUCACAGAAAUAUCGUACAUAUACUCCUACACCUCAUGCUUACCCUCCGGCUUGCAAUUCGCCAUUAUUUUACCAAGAUGGUUUGGGAAUGUCUCUUGACAACAACAUAAGUUUGACCGUUGCCCAAAAACAAAGGUUCACUAUCCGUGAGAUAUCUCCAGAGUGGUGUUAUACCUCUGAGGGUACAAAGAUCAUCAUUAUUGGGUCUUUCUUCUGUGAUCCAUCGGAAUGUGAAUGGGCUUGUAUGAUUGGUGACACUGAAGUUCCUGUCCAGAUCAUUCAAGAAGGUGUCCUCUGCUGCUAUGCCCCAGCUCACUUGCCAGGGGAAGUUAGUAUUUGUAUCACUUCUGGGAAUCGAGAGGCUUGCAGCGAAGUCAGGGAGUUUGAAUAUCGAGCCAAAUCUGACGUUCCCGCACCUAGUAAUCUAACUGGAACAGAGGCUUAUAAGAAUCCAGAUGAACUCGUGUCGCUUGUCAGAUUUGUUCAAAUGCUGCUAUCUGAUGCUCAGCGAGCCUCUGAAUCAAGAAAUGAUGAAGACUCAUGGAGCCAAGUCAUUGAUGCACUUUUGGUUGGUGCUUCUACAUCAUCAAGCACUCUUGAAUGGCUUCUCCAAGAACUUCUAAAGGAAAAGUUGCAACUAUGGCUUUCGUCUAAAUUACAAAAUAAUGAGGGGAAAGGCUGCUCUUUAUCCAAGAAAGAACAAGGGAUCAUACACAUGGUUGCCAUAUUGGGAUUUGAAUGGGCGUUGCAACCAAUUUUGAACUCUGGAGUGAGCGUUAACUUCCGCGACAAUAAUGGAUGGACUGCUCUCCAUUGGGCCGCACGAUAUGGGAGGGAAAAGAUGGUAGCUGCACUGAUUGCAUCUGGUGCGUCAGCUGGUGCAGUUACUGAUCCUAAUUCACAGGACCAUACUGGGAAAACACCUGCAUCAGUUGCUGCUUCCUACGGCCACAGAGGACUCGCAGGUUAUCUUUCAGAAGUUGCGUUAACCACUCACCUAACAUCCCUCACGCUGGCGGAAAGUGAGCUUUCUAAAGGCUCUGCCGCGUUGGAAGCUGAAAGAACUGUAAAUAGUAUAUCAUCCGCUGAGUAUGAGGAUGAGGACUCCCUCAGGCAGACUCUAGCUGCAGUUCGCAAUGCAACUCAGGCUGCUGCACGCAUUCAAUCAGCAUUCCGUGCCCAUUCAUUCAGGAAGAGGCAGCAGUGGGAAUCUGCAAUACCCAUUGGUGGAGAUGAAUUCUCCUUCCUAGAGAAGGACGCUCAGGGGCUUUCAGCUGCAUCAAAGUUGGCAUUCCGCUCUACACGCGACUACAACUUGGCUGCCGUGUCCAUACAGAAGAAAUACCGAGGGUGGAAAGGCAGGAAGGACUUCCUCUCACUGCGCCAGAAAGUUGUCACGAUACAGGCUCAUGUGAGGGGCUACCAAGUUAGAAAGAACUACAAGGUUUGCUGGGCAGUUGGUGUGCUGGAGAAGGUUGUGCUAAGGUGGCGGCGGAGAGGAGUUGGUCUGCGGGGAUACAGGCCGGAGCAAGAGUCCAUCGACGAGAGCGAGGAUGAAGACAUCCUGAAGGUGUUCCGCAAGCAGAAAGUGGAUGAAGCCAUUGAUGAAGCCGUGUCAAGAGUGCUGUCUAUGGUCGAAUCUUCGGAGGCGCGUCAGCAAUAUCAUCGCCUUCUUAGCAAAUAUCGUCAGGCUAAGGCUAAACUCCAAAGUGCAGACUCAGACACAGCUUCUUCUUAUGGUGGUGAUACACCCCAAUAUCCCUAGCAUGGAAAAUGAAGAUUUUCACCAACUAACAUAAUUGGUGUAUAGGAAACGUUAAUUAUACUACUACUUGUGCUAAUCAAAUUUUAGCUCUUAAGUUUGCUCUUCUGUAAAUGGUUGUGAUUUUCUUCUAGGUAAAAUUACUGUCUGUAAAUGGUUGUGAUUUUCUUCUAGGUGCUCGAAUUGCCAACCAUUGAUUACUCUUCCAUGGGAUAUAGGUCUUUAGACAACUUUUCAUCAAAUAUCAAUCGUUUCGAUUCGGUAUGAAACAAACCUUCUCUUCA